AUGGAAGAGAGCCAAGGAGACAACUUCAAACUAAACAAUACCACAGUCUCAGUCGCCGAGAUCGAGUUUCUCGAUAUCCUCAAGGAAAGCGACUCCAUUGUCACCUGGCACGUCUCAGUUCGAGGUCAGCAGUAUGUGAUGAAGGUGUAUCACACCUUCGAAGACGAAGUAGAAAUCGACUUUUCGCUAUACAGAAACGAAGCCACAGCCUACCAACGAUUGCAAUUCCACGGCCUCUGCGAUAGGGGAUGUAUCCCGUGCUUUUACGGUGCGAUUGAAAGCCUCAAUCCAGCCAUCCACCCACAGUCUCUAUCCCAUUUCAUCGCGGACAAGCUUCGCCCGUCUGCGGUCCUCAUCGAAUAUGUUCCUGGCAUGCGCGAGUUGGACAUGGCCACUUAUACAAAGGGACGAUGGGCGGUGGCGCUCGAUAUACUCAAGAUGAUCCACCAGGCGGGCGUGGUACAUGAGGAUGCUACUGAUUCUCAUAAUGUCAUGGUGUGCCCUGAGAGUGAGAGGGUUUUGUGGAUUGAUUUUGAUCGAGCUCGGACGGUUGAAUUGAAGGGAGAGGUUGUGUUUGUGGGGAAAGAGAUGCAGGAUUUGGAGUUUCGGGCUGUCGUUGGUAUCGGGAGGGAUUUGGAAGAUGGACAGGUUAAGGACUGA